GUUGGCUGUACGGUGGGUUAAGGCUGGAGCCUGGAGGGUUGGGGGCGUGGGCGGAUGAGACCUGAAGAGAACGCGAGGGGGUCAUUGGGAGGGGCAAUCGGAUGGAAAUGGAGGGGGCCAACGGAUUGAGGAAGAUGGACGUUUGCGAGCGAGGUGUCUGCGAGCGUUGGAGUGUAAAAGGAAGUUACAAAAUAGAGCAAUGGCGUUGAAAGCAUAUUACGAAAGCAACGCUAGCGACUAUGUGUAAUGGACCCGCAGCUGCUAAGCUGACCGACCGUCUAGUUGUACGUCUCAUCUCCGGGUGAGGAGCUCAGGCGCUCUCAUAAGCCAACCCAUGUAGCCAUAUAUCUGAGCAUAUGUAACAACGCUAAGUUCCUGCGCGGAAGUAGAAGCUCUUGCUGACAACAUUCCCAGGCAAGCCGUUCGGCCGUUGAGCCAAAUCAAGUUGCAAGUCAAGACGAUCCUACACCGCGAAUACCAUAUAUUAUAUACUUGCUGUCCAUCUAAGGCCUGUUCGAUCUGAGCGCCGAGCCCGAUAGGCAGCGCACCUUGCAAAGCGACUGCGAUGGCGCUCGCCUCGCCACUGCUGCGUAGGCAGCGCAUCGCAAGCGUGGCUGGGGCUUUCAUGCCAGGUCCCGUCGCGGUGCACCGCUGCCAUCCGUCUUCGCACUUUGGGUGCAGCUCAGCAUGCUUGCCACAAAGCCCUGCUCGGACCGCCACCGGUCGCGCAGCGCAUUCGUUGACAUCGUCACGCCUGGCCGCGACGGCAGCUUCAGAUUAUCAGACCACAACCAGUGCUUCUAUAACCAUCGAUGCAUCAGAGCUUGAUGUUGGGUACAGCAGCGUCCAAGGUGUCAGAGACACAAUGGAGGACGAGGUGCAGGUGCACUUCAACCCGCAGGGGCACUACCUGUACGCGGCAGUCUUUGACGGCCACGGAGGGGACCAGGCAGUGCAGUGGCUGGCGCGGGAGCUGCAUGGGCAGGUGGAGAGCUGCCUGGUAGGUCGAACCCUCUUCGGAGGAGGAGCUGCAGGAGCAGGCAGCGGACCGUCCUCUUCCUCUGCCAGCCCCUCGCCUUCUCCCUCGUCCAGUGGCAGCAGUAACGGCGGUAGCGGCAGCAGCUGCAGCACUAGCAGCAAGCACCACCAUGCGACCGCAGGCGCUAGCAGCAGCGGUGGGAAAAGCGGUACGACAAGCAGCCGCAACACGACUAACGCGGCUAACAACAACAACAACGGCACUAGCAGCAGCAGUCCUCCCAGCAGCGGCAGCAGCAGUAACUUGGGCAUUAGCACGCGCGAGAUCGUACCGCAACGGUUAAUUGAUUCUUUCCACACAGCAGAUAGGCAGUUAUUGUCGUACUUGGAGGCGAGUGGCGGCGAGGAGGCUGCUCAGAGCGGCUCCACGGCGACAGUGGUGGUGAUCAAAGAUGACAAGCUGGUCGUGGCAAACGUGGGAGACAGCCAGGCCGUACUAAGUCGCAAGGGCACCGCCGUAACGCUUGCGCACUCACACCGAGUGUACGGCAGCGGUCCCGACGUGGCGGCGGAGAUCGAGCGAGUCAAGUCGGUUGGCGGUUGGGUCGACGACGGCCGAGUGUGCGGCGUGCUUGCCGUCUCACGCGCCUUUGGCGACUGGGACUUUAAGGGCGCUGGGCUUCAACGACUUCUGGAGAUGGGAGUCGAACGCGGGUUCUGGGACUCGAGCUUCGCGUCGCAGCAACGAUUUAGCGCGGAUCCAGUUGUCGCCACUCCGGAUGUCACCGAAACCAUCCUAAGUUCUGACGACGAAUUUCUAAUCGUCGCGAGCGACGGGCUGUGGGACGUACUGCCUCCUCGCGAGGCCGUACAAUGGGCUCGAAAGGAGUUCAAGGCGAAGAAGGACGCGAGCCAAGUGGCAGCGAGUCUCGCGGGCCUUGCGCUAAAGCGGUACAGUACGGAUAAUGUGGCGGUUGUGGUGGUUGACUUGCAGGGGGCGGAGGCGCGUACGGCAGCCAAGACGGUUGGUGGGUCUCGGGGACAGCAGGGG